AUGGUAUCCCAACGCCGAUCAACUCAGUCCAGAAAAGGCAAAGAAGCUAAUCCAUUGACUCCGGUGACAAAUAUUCCUUCCUCUGAUAUUCUCAGUAGUUCGCAGAAGGAUGAUGAAGAAUAUCCAUCCGCCUUGCCGAAUUAUAAAACCAGGAUUCGUAAAUUGGGUCUUAGAACGCUUUUCUACAGGAGGUUUUUGGCUGACAUUCUUAUGGCUUUUAAAGUACUGCGAGCCGAGGUUUGGGAGAUGGUGGACAAAUCUUGGAAAGAACGACAGGGAGCGAUCAAAAGCCUUCUACAUGCUCUCACAGGCCAGGAUGGAUUGGGCGGUCUUCGCUCGCAUAGCCUUCGGAAGAGCCUCGGAAGCUAUUCGAGUAUUGAUAAGGCAGAUGGACAUUCCAUCUUGCGUUUUGCAGGAGAGAUGUACAAGCUUAUGUACUGA